CCGAAAUAAAAACCCAAUCAGUGCAAGUAGAUUCAAUACGCUAUGUAGUAAAGAAAACACGACUUAAUACUGAGAUCUGGCUUAGUGCUCCAGCUACCACUACGGAAACUGAUAAGGGCAUUUAUGUGAGAAAACACGGUACAGAUGACCUUCCCACUUCAACUGACACCCGAAGAAUAGUAGAAGGAAAGUUUAAAAGCCCGUCUAACGCCGAUGUUCCAGAAAAAAUAUUACAAGAAUAUUUUAUCAACGAAUGCAACGCACUGCGAGCAUUAAACUUAUGUAGGACACGCGGUGUCAUUUGGCGAAAAGUACUUCAACUACAGCCUCGGAGAGCUUACGUGAUGUUGACAGAUUGCAGGGUUAUUUCUAUCUUUAAGGGAUUCCCCGCCAUUGGGUGGCGAUACCUAGUAACGAUUAUGGAAUGUUCUCCGGAUAAGCUUGGAUGGAUGGAGCCAUCGUUAAAUUUCGGUUUAGAUACUGUCACAUUGGUUCGACCCAUUAAUACAGGAAGGACUAGCGUUGUAUAUGAAGGAAAGCUUAAUGAUAAGAUGUUUGUGGGGGGAAAAAAUGUAUUGAAAGCUCUUUCGAGUUUGAAAUCACCUCAUCUUCAGACCCUCCUCCUGGACGGUGAGGGCAUCCUUGUUACAACUCCUCUUUGUACGAAAGUAAAUAAUCUCCGAAAAGAGGAUAUCGGAAACAUUAUUAACACCCUCAAGGUUGUCCAUUCAAAAUUCAAUCUUGUACACAUGGAUCUUCGGAAAUACAACUUUCUCCGUAAUGACAAAGGUGACAUCUUGAUUAUCGAUUGGGGAUAUAACGCAGUAAUAGGCGAAACUGUGAAUUUUGCGUGCGUACUUGAAUGCAUGCCCGACGAUAUCCUGGCAUCAUUGGCUAACGGGGGACGAACAACUUAUUCAGCGAAAAUUGACUUGAUAUGUUUGGCAAGGGCGUUCUACUUGAUGCUUCAUAAACCACCAAAUGCGGAGAGAAUUUCCUUUGGAGGGAAUCCUGACAUCAGCUCACGGGCGCAAAAUAUAUUGGCCUUUUGGGGGUCUAAUGCCAAAUCAGAAUUGUGGGAUAGAAUUUUUCAAGACGCAAAGGGCUUGAAGUACGAAGGCGUAAUUGAAGAACUUGAAAAGUUUUUUUAG